AUGCCUGAUGGGACAUCAACGUCGUCGGCUUCGGCACCUAGAGGGUCUAAGAGGCCGGCUGAGGAAGACACAGAAGAGCUGUCGGAUGUUGCAGAUUCAGAGACGGAGAAACGGGGUUUGAAACGAACGUUAGAUCCGGAAGAGUUCAACUGUUUGGCGGAUGUGGAACUGGUGGUGGAGUUUUUGGAACCAACCAAGUUGUGUGGGAAAGUCACUUCACCUACCCUUGUCGGGGAAAACGUCUCCAGUAUUUUCUUUGGUGGUAGUGAAACUAAGUUCAAGGUGGUGAACUUUUGUGGGGUCAAAGUGAAGGUUUGGCAACCACAGGGCGCGAUCGAUGAUUCGACGCUAGAGCAGUUGAGAGCAGACCACUGUUUCGACGGCAUGUUGACAGAGAUUGAGAAUUUGGACAAGUGUGAAGCUGGAUUUCCAGUGCGGCACCAGGAAGCAGUUGAUUUUACCAAAAGGGUGGGGACGAAGAUCCUCACAGCACGAUGGGUGACGAACUUCGAGAUCGUGCUGGGUCAAGAUGGAGUGAGAGCAAGGAUUGUCAUCAAAGAUUUUGCUACUUCAAAGGCAAAGUCGAUUGGAGCCUCGAGUCCAACACCAAGCGUUGAGGGUUUGAAGUGCGUUCUGGCCAUCGCAGCGCAGAAUGCCAUGUAUCUCACAGCUUUGGAUGUGAGUGCAGCCUUCAUGCACACACCGUUGAAAGAGAAGAAGUAUUGCGUUAAGAUGCCACUGAGUGUAACUUGGGUUGAUGGAUCUCCUUUGUACUUAGUUCUUUCGAGAGCUUUGAACGGGUUGCGUCCAGCCUCGAGAGAGUGGUUGGACUACUGUACGGGACUUGUGGAACCCUUGCAACUGAGGUCCGCGACCAAGAAAGCUGAUGAGACGUUGCUUUUCAUUGAGCUGUGUUGUGAAGAGAACUCAUCGUUGAGAUUGGUUUGUGGACAGCGUGACGUGCAGUACAUUGGGAUUACGAAAGACGGUGAACUUCCUGAGACUGUGCGAAGAUUGUCGGAACAGAUUGAGGAGCUCAAGAAGAGUCGGAGAGUCGAGAAGAUCCAUUGCCAUGCUUCUUGUUUGCCGUUGCCAGUGGAAGCGCAGAGUGCACGGCAGCAAGCUGAUGGUGCAGGUAGUGACAGUGGUUGGAACCAGAAUGAUCCAUUUUCACGGACGGACAAGUGGAUUGGAAAUCCACCUCAGCCAUCCUUUGAGAAGUGGCGUGAUCGUGAAAGUGAAGUGCUCAAUUGGGCGCAGUAUGUGGCGGAUUUGUCAGCAUGGGCGUCCCAAGCAUCUUUGCAGUUUGGGACUGAGAUUCUGCAAGCAUCUAGGAGUGCCACGUUGAUCCAUGCUUUCAUGGAAGGAGUGGACAUUCAGGAGGAUUGGCAUUCUGGCUGGGUUGAGACCAGUCAAGAUGGCUACGGCACAGGCGAGGUGGCAUACUUUGCAGGUUGCCCUUGGGUUCGACUCCACCCUGUAGAAACUUUAGAUCGCAACACUGAUGAGGUUGCGUUGAGUGUGCGCGAGGACGAAGUGUUUUCUCCCACAGGUAUGGAACAGGAACCACGAUUGCCAUUGCCAGGACCUGAGGGUGUGCCCGAGGCAGUUGCCGUCUCCCAUUUUGUGCAUCGCGUUCUCUUCGGCUUGGGAGAGAUUGAGGAGAAGGAACAGGUGGACAUUGUAUUGGAAUCAGAUUCCAGCUCAGCGUUGCAGUUGAUUGGUGCUGUUGAUCUUCCACGUCGUUCCCGGCACAUUGAUAUCAAGUUGACAUGGUUGAAGGAACGUGUUAGUUCCAAUGAGGUGCAACUUCGACAUCGAGCGGGAACACAGAAUGUGGCAGAUCUUUUCACCAAGCAGGAUACUCAGGUAGGUGCAUGGUCCGAGGCUGAUGAAAAGGCCUUGCAGGUGAUGCUGGCUCGCAGGAGCCAAGGCAUUGUGCCACCUUGCGUCGCGCAGACUGCAGGAUGUGUGGCCACACUUGCAGCUAUGGAUGUGACGAUUGCAGAUGAGGGCAAAGUGAAGCAUUUGCUCCCCAAAGGGGUUGACAGCUUUGUGGAAUGGUCCCGCACUGUGAUUGCUUUUGGCAAGCUGAAGGAUUCAGGGCUCAGCUACAAGGAGAUUGUGGCAGACCCGAAGCAUGAGGCCUAUGUGGCUUGGUGCAAGCGUUUGAAAGGCUCGACUGGGCCGGCAGGAGACUUUGGUGAUUUCUGCAAGCCUAUGAGAUGA